ACCUUUUACCCCUGCCAGCUGAUUAACAUCAAGAGUAAAACAAAAUACCUGAUUGGCUCGGCGAAUAAUCCUUUGUGAAACCAUGACUUGAACAUGAGCUUCUCAAGUAUUUUGUGUCUUUAUCGACAAUUCGAAUGACUCAGUACAUGUUUCCCAGUAUUUUAGAUAUAAAUAAGAAAGUUUUAGAACAUUUUAGCCUCUUUACGGUAAAAAUUUACUUCGGCUCCCGAGAUCAUUAGCCAAUGGAACUCACGCUCUCAACAGCUGGGGACAAUAACAAUGUUAAAAGGCCCUGCCAUAUUCCCAUGUACUGUAGAUCGACAUAACUUUGUUAUGGUCAUUGUUAUGGUUCGUGAGUUUACUGUGAUGUUUAGGCAUACUGUUGUAAAUUUUGUCACCUUGGGCUUGCUAUAAAAAGCGCAGAUAUGACGAGCAGCGUGAGGAGUAGAAGUGAGAUUCGAACAGAUGAAGAGGCUAUGAUUAAUCAAAGGUUACCCAAAGAAGAUAUACUUAGGAUAUUUUCAUAUCUUGAUGUAGUCAGCCUGUGUAGAUGUGCGCAAGUAUCAAAGUACUGGAAUAUUCUUGCCCUUGAUGGCAGCAACUGGCAGAAAGUGGAUUUAUUUAACUUCCAAACAGAUAUAGAGGGGCCAGUUGUAGAGCACAUAUCAAAGCGAUGUGGAGGCUUUCUCAAGAAUCUUAGUUUACAUGGAUGCAAGAGUGUUACUGAUGAUGCCUUGAACACAUUUGCAGAUAACUGCAGGAAUAUAGAGGUACUGAAUUUAGAAGACUGUAAACGAAUCACAGAUCAUACAGCGCAGAGUCUAAGCAGAUUUAGCAAGAAACUUAGCCAGUUGAAUAUGGUAUCCUGUACAGCAAUCACAGACAAUGCGCUAAAGUAUCUCAGUGAUGGUUGCCAUCUUCUAAGUCAUCUCAAUAUUUCAUGGUGUGACCAAAUUAGUGACAAUGGUAUUGAAGCCCUGGUCAGAGGUUGUUCUAACAUCAAGGUUCUAAUCCUCAAAGGAUGUCAUAUGAUAACCGAUGAGGGUAUCACACACAUAGGCAACCAUUGUAAUAAUCUAACCACACUAAAUGUCCAAGGCUGUGUACUGAUCAGUGAUGAUGGUAUGGUUGUAUUAGCCAAGGGCUGUAGAACGUUACAAUCUCUCUGUGUAUCAGGCUGUACUCAUCUUACAGACAACACUCUCAGUGCAUUUAGUCAAUACUGUCCUAAGAUCAAAACAUUAGAAGUGUCAGGUUGUUCACAAUUCACAGACAACGGUUUCCAAGCCCUAGCAAGAACAUGUUCAGAACUAGAAAGAAUGGAUCUAGAAGAAUGUGUUCUUAUUACAGACACUGCAUUAAGUUAUCUAGCUUUAGGAUGUCCCAUGCUGCAGAAGCUGACAUUAUCCCAUUGUGAGCUGAUCACGGAUGAGGGCAUUCGUCAUAUCGGUACUAGUGGCUGUUCUACGGAACACCUCCAGGUCAUUGAGCUGGACAACUGUCCCCUCAUCACAGACUCUUCACUAGAACACUUGAUGGGUUGCCAGGGGUUACAGCGGAUAGAGCUCUAUGAUUGUCAACUCAUCACAAGGGCUGGUAUCAGGAGACUGAGGACUCAGCUGCCCAACGUGAAGGUCCAUGCCUACUUCGCCCCUGUCACACCUCCUCCAUCGGUGGGCGGUGUCAGACCCCGGUACUGUAGAUGUUGCAUUAUAUUGUAGACUCCGGUAUGGUGUGUCUGUUGAACAUUUUAAGCAGUGCAGUCUGUCACUGAACGCUUGACCUGUGCGUAUCCUAGUCACCGAUUGCUUGACCGUUCCUCAGACUACAUUGAAUGUAGACUACAGGACAGUCUGUUUGUUAAACAUUUAACCAGUGCAGUCUGUCACUGAAUGUUUGACCGGUGCAUAUCCUAGCCAAUGAUUGCUCGACCGGUCCUCACUCACAUGGGAUGGAACAUGAACAGUGCAUGAACCAUGGAGAGAGAGAGAGAGAGAGAGAGAGAAGCGAAGCGAUACUGCCCUCACAAGGUUUUGAUGGAUCAGCCAUACUGAAAAUGGAAGACUGUGAAGACUCUUUAGUGAAGGAUAGGAUAUAGACCAAGAUGACAGUCCCACUGAUUGGUACUGUACAACCAAGCACAACUAUGAUUGGUACAACCUAAUUGGAUUGCAACCUAGGGACAGUGAUAGAAAAGGAGAAUCUUGCUUUUUUCCAAGAGAUCCUGUAGAUGAUUUUGGCCGCUUCAUCCAUUCACCAGAAGCCUGGUUACAGUAUGGCAUCAACAGUUAAUAUCUAUUGCAGUUCUUGUUCUGUUGUUCCCAUUAACAUAGCUUGUACCGUUGAUUGUCUUACGGGGAAUGGGUCAUCUUUUAUGCUAUAAUGUUGACAACAUUAAUGGCACUUUUGGUAUCACUUGAGAUUAUUUAUAAAUGUUUGAAGGCCAGUUAUGACAUACGACUGAAUCGAGUGUUAAACCUGUUAAUACAUACUUCCACAUCUGCCCUUUCACUACACCUGUACAUAGUACACACAUUGAUGAUCAUCAAAGCCCUUCGUGUGUAUUCAUUGACAUCUCAGUACUGUCUAUAAGGCAACUUCACAUACCAAAUAUAUAUUAUAAACACUUCAAUAUAUUGCACAACAAAUGUUACACCAUAACCUUUCUCACAUGUUCAUAAAAGGCACCAUCUUGGCCCGGUAGAGAGAGUCCAAACUGAUAUAUUCACAUAGCAUUCAGGAAAUUCUUGCAGAGGGCUGUUGAAAUCUAAUGAAGUGUAAUGAUUUAGCAUUUAAUACAGAUUCCUAUAGGAUUUAAAGAAAUAUGACCAGUUAAGGAGAACCAGAACUUUCAGUAAUGAUCAUACUUUCAGUAAUGAUCAUACUUAUAAUGAUUAUACUUUUCAUCUAUAAAGUACUUAUAAAGUGUGAUGUCAUUUCACAUAAGCAGUGUUGUCAACAAACAAUGAAAACAUGGAAACAAAUAAUUCAAAACUUGGAAAACUUAACUUAAUAGAAGGGUUAUAGAAACAGUCCAAAAAGGCCAGGUUACAGACUGGUACUUACCUAGGAUAAAAAAAUUGUCCUCCUGGGGCCUGUUUCAUAUAGAGUUACAACUUGUGUAACUUUGCCAUUAUGACAACUACCAUGGUAACCUUGCUUUCGAUUGAUUUGAUCCUAAGCCCUGUUGCCAUUGUAGUUGCCAUAAGGGCAAAGUUACAACAGUUGUAACCCUUUGUGAAACAGGCCCCAGAAUCUUGACUCUGUUCCAUUUUUUUUUUUUUU